AUGGCGAGCGUGAAGGUGUUCGGGUCGCCGAUGUCGGCGGAGGUGGCGCGCGUGCUCAUGUGCCUGUUCGAGAAGGACGUGGAGUUCCAGCUGAUCCGCGUCGACGCCUACCGCGGCCCCAAGCGCAUGCCCCAGUACCUCAAGCUCCAGCCCCUCGGCGAGGCGCUCACCUUCGAGGACGGCAGCCUCACCCUCUCCGAGUCGCGGGGCAUCCUGCGGCACAUCUCGCACAAGUACGCCAUGCAGGGCAACCCGGACCUGAUCGGCACGGGGGCGCUGGAGCGCGCGUCCAUCGAGCAGUGGCUGCAUACCGAGGCGCAGAGCUUCGACGACCCCAGCGCCCAGAUGGUCUACAGCCUCGCCUUCCUGCCGCCCGCCAUGCCGCAGAAGCCCAACAACGGCGACGGCGACGGCGACGGCAACGGCGUUGGCAGUAAUGGCACCAGGGCCGUGGUGAACGCGUCGGCGAAGCGCGUGACGGCGGCGGGGGCGGCCAAGGAGGAGGAGAUGCGGAAGCUGUUCGAGAAGAGCCAGAGGGAGCUGGAGAAGCUGCUGGACAUCUACGAGCGGCGCCUGGAGGAGGCGGAGUACCUGGCCGGCGACAAGUUCACCAUCGCCGACCUGUCGCACCUGCCCAACGCCGACCGCCUCGCCGCCGACCCGCGCUCCCGCCGCAUGUUCCAGCGCCGCAAGAACGUCAGCCGCUGGUGGGACAAGGUCUCGCAGCGGGAGGCCUGGACCUACGUCAAGAGCCUGCAGCGCCCGCCCACGUCCAACAGCGCCGGCGCCGACGCCGCUGCCGCGAAGAACCAGCAGCAGCCGCGGUCCGGCGAGGCGCGCGACGGCAGCAGCGACAGCCACAACUACCAGCGCGACCAGUACGCCGACGCGAGCGACGGCGGCAGCAACUACCAGCGCAGCCAGUACGGCGAGCACAGCGACUACCAGCAGAGCCGGACGGGCGACGCGCGGUACUGA